GCACAAGUUUGCUUAUCCCCAGAACCUGCUCUGCAACACAACAAUGGGGAAAAAAGGAGGGACUUUGAAGAGAAGUAGUAAAAGUACAAAAAACCGCAAAGAUAUCGUCGAAGACCAAUACGAUGACGAGAUUGACGCCUUUCAUAAACAGAGGGAUAUAGUUCCCUUGGAUGUUAAUGAUGAUACUGAUGAAUCGGAUGAAGAUGAUGUGCAACCAGUUUUUGAUUUAAAGGGUGUGGAUGAUGAAAGUGACGAGGAUGAAGAAGAUACAGAAGACGAAGAGGAGUCCGAGAAUGGACUUACUGCCAAAAUGAUUAGGCAGAAGAAAUAUCUAAGGGCAAAGUUUGGUGAUGGUGACGAUGAAAUGGCUGAUGAUGAUAAGGAUAAAGAUGAGGAAGAGAAAAGGAGCACAUGGGGCGGAAGAAGUGGCUUAUACCAUAGUGGUGAUAAUGUGGAUUUUGAUCUCCAAUCAAGUGAUGAUGAAGACCUUAAAGCGGAAGAAGAGGAGGUGAUAAGACUACGGAGAGAACAACUUGGAUCCAUUACAGCAGCUGAUGCUGGGUUAGACGAUGAUAGUGAAGAAGAGAGUGACAGAGAAUUAACCAUGGAGGAAAUUUCUAAAAAAGGAAAGCAGGCUACAAAAUCUAUCACAGAUAAGAAAGAGAAGGAUGACAAGGACACACAUGUUGAAGAGAUCAAGAAAGACAUCAACUCUUUGUCAAAAGAAGAGCAAAUGGAUGUAGUAUAUAGUUCUGCUCCGGAAAUAGUUGGUCUUUUGUCUGAGUUGAACUAUGCAGUCGAAGAGCUUGAGAGUAAGAUAAAUCCUGUUUUGAGUAAGUUAAAGGAAGGAGAAAUAUCCUUGAAUGGUGGAACAAGGUACCUGGAGGUUAAGCAGCUUCUGCUACUCACCUAUUGCCAAUCUAUAACAUUUUAUCUUCUACUCAAGUCUGAAGGGCAGCCCAUCCGUGAUCAUCCGGUCCUUGCCCGUCUUGUAGACAUCAAAUCUUUAUUAGAUAAGAUCAAAGAACUUGAUGGAGAGCUUCCCCCUGGGUUUGAAGAGUCCCUAGCGAGAAGUAUUGCUAAUGGAACAGUGCAAAAGGUGGUUAAAGAAGAUCAGCUCACUUCACCUGUUUCUGAUUCAGUAGAUAGAAUCACGCAAGACACAGCCGAGCCGAUGAAAAUUGAUGGAGCAAGAGAAGAAAAGAAGAAAAAAGGAGAGAAACGCAAGCACCAGCAGAAUGAUCAGGUUGAUGUGCAAAGUGAGGAAAUGUUAAAACUUCGAGCAGCUCUAGAGGGAAAGCUUAGAAGCAAUGGAGUCCUUGGUUCUACUGUUUCAAAGUCUGAUAAAGCUCAGAAACGCCAGAAAUUAGCUAAUAGGAAGCUAGAGACAUUCGAUGAUUAUGUGGAUGAUGCAGACAAUAGCACACAUAAUGUAACAGCUGAUAAGCUCACCAAGCUUGUGUCCACCAAACGGAAGCCCAAGACUGUUUCUGGAGAUGAUGAUUUACCACAAAGGGAUGAUAUUGGAGAACGGCGUAGAAAGUUUGAGCUCAGAGUUUUGGCUGGAGCUGGUGUGAAGUCAUCAGAGGGAGAUGACAGGAAUGAAAAUGGGGCAUUUGCAUCAGAUGAUGACAAUGAUAUCGAUGGUGGUAACAAUGACAUGGUUGAUAAUGAUGGUGAAUCAGAAGGCUCAGAAGAUGAAUUUUACAAACAAGUGAAACAGAAACAAGAAGCUAAACGAGCUGCCAAAGCAGAGAUCUAUUCAAGGAAACCACAUUUGAUCCCGUCAUCGCCAGAACGCGUGGAAGGAAAACGACACAUUACAAAUCAGAUUAUGAGUAACAGAGGAUUGACCCGACAACGCAACAAGGACCUUAAAAACCCGAGAAAGAAGUAUCGGAAUAAGCACGAGAAAAAAGUCAUUGAUCGCAAAGGACAGGUCAGAGAUAUCAGGAAACAAACAGGUCCAUAUUCAGGAGAAACUCGCGGUAUCAAUCCCAACACAAGCAGGAGCAUCCGAAUCAAGAACUAACCUCCUCUUCUUCCUAUGUCCCCCAAUUUCUCUAUUUGCACGCUUCGUUUUGCUGUUGUAUUAUCUUCUAUUGUGGAUCUCGUACUUUUCAUUUUUUCUCUUCUUCAAGACUAAGCAAAUCCUUGUUUUGCAAUUUUUGAUGUUUUUGUUUAAAUCUGUUGUCUUACAUUUGUACAAGAAGGCAAUUCAAUAUGCUAAAGAGUACGAAGUAGUUGAUGAAUUCUUCAGCCACAUUGAGUUGAUUUGAUUAUGACUAUUCUCCAUUUAAAGUAUAAGUAGGUAAGAAAAUUUAGCAAGUGAU